UCACAAUAUGGCGGAUUGUUUUGCCUUUGAUGUUGAUGUUUACAUCGAAUAUUGGCAGUGUUUUCGUUUGCUCUGAGAUGUAUUCCCUCAAAAGCGUUUGAGAGCGAUUCAUUGGUCAUAUCAUAUGAACAGAAUCUUAAGGAAUGUGGUAUUCUCACAAUCCAAAAAUUCUUUAACAAGAAUUAUUAAUCUUCAAAGGUCUGCAAGUACCACAAAUGGUAACCAACCUGUCUCCAAGGGUAACCAAGAUGCUGCCACUGGCCCUCCACCAGCCCCUCCUCCCCCUGAACUCUGCUGUAGGAGUGGUUGCCAAAACUGUGUCUGGCUGGAGUAUGUUGAUGACAUGUUAAAAUAUUACAAGAACAAUAAACAGGAAGCUAGRAAAGCUUUAGAACAAAUACCAGAUGAAACUUUGAAAACAUUCAUAAGAAUUGAACUGGGACUUUAGAUAUUUGUGGUUGCUAAAAUAGUGGUUGUGAUCAAGAAACAAAGAAGGCAUUGAACCAUUAURUAAGUUUAACACUUUUAAGUGAAUUGAAUCAAGGUGCAGUGAACUAAAAGUGUGAUCUUUUUCCAGCAAUUYAUAUUGCAUCAUCACAAGCUUUUCCAUUGUAGAUGCUCAGCCUUGGGACACUCUUUCCUGAUUAAUGCAAGAGAUCAUCUCUUUAUCUGCUUUAACAAGAGUGUUUUCAACUUUGUUUCACAUUUUACUAUUUUUGUUUAUUGCUGCUAAUCCUUAGUUAUUCUAUUUUUAUUUUCUAAGUGACGUUUUAAACCUAAACCCAGAUAAUAACAAUAUUCAUAUAGUACAUGUACAUCUACUGUGCUAUUACACUAGAUAUUACAAUAAUUUGUACCAAAAAUAGUUAGCCUAAUAUUAUGUUAUUUACAAUCUAUGGGAAUUGCUUGCUCUUGUUUGCUCAGGAUUUUUUUAAUAAUUAUUAUUGAGGGACUACUUUACAGACUGAGCUUCUAAAUAUUUCUAGCAGUAGUAAAUAGUUUUGAUGUAUUCAAAUACAUCUUGUUUGCUCAGGAUUUUUUUAAUAAUUAUUAUUGAGGGACUACUUUACAGACUGAGCUUCUAAAUAUUUCUAGCAGUAGUAAAUAGUUUUGAUGUAUUCAAAUACAAAUGCCUCUAGAAAAGCCUUGUUUGCAUCAACAUCUUCGUAAUUGAGUUUCAUCGGGUGUACAAAAAAUUCUUUCUUGUUGUAAAUUUUCCUGAAGUG